AUCACACAAACUGUGAAUAUAUUUUAGAAAAAAUGGCAAUUUUUGGAACAUAUUUUGCGCUGAUGAUCGCUGCCUGGGGAAUGCAGCUAUGUCCUCGUUUGUAUUUUACAAUGGGUGAAAAUGCCCUGAAAUUCGAGAUAUCCAGCAUAUCGUCGGCGUUUAUAGAGGCCAACCUGUAUACUCUAUUCACGAUACUUAUUCUGCAGCUGCCCUCAAAGAUAUUUGAAAACCGAAGGCAAUGGAACUUCAAAUGGGUCUUUGUGAUGCCGUACAUUAUGCACUAUGUGAGCUGUUUUUGGAGCUCUACGCAAAAUAUAAGGGAUCUUCUGAUUAAACCACCCAUGUAUAUGAUCAAGAAUUAUGGGUACUUACACCUAGGAAUGACCCUGAUUUGUGGACUCCAGCUGCUGGCAAUGGUGGAAAUCGUUUUUAUUUUAUUUUAUAGCCUGAAAAAGGGGACUGAUUGCGAACCGAAAGACAGGGAUCGUCAAGAUGCGAAGAAAAACCCAGGAGCUGUAAGAUGGAAGACUAAAGCACCUUCCACUUCGACAACUCCUUUCAACAAUUAGUGCCGGAUUAUUUGAUUAGCUCGCUAAUUGCCUUGUCCUCAGCGCCGCACCAAAUAAAUUGUAUGAGCACUUA